AAGAUGCACAGGGCAAAAGUGGCACUUUAUUUAUAACACAGCUCGUAAUUUUGGAUCGGUACAGAUAAAGGCACCGCGCCGAGGUAUCUCACACGUUCCCGGCACGGUUAUCGGUUUCGGGUCAAGGUCCGGAACUGGCACUGGGAAGACUAGGGUCCGUGAGAGCGCUUAAUAAGCGACAUCAUCGCUGGCAUCGGACGCGCUCUGGCCCACCUUGGACCCGGCCAAUCAGCGAUCGCCCGCGGCUGCAGGGUGUGAGGCUACAUUUAACCCUACAGCAGAUCCGAGGUGGAGCUGGAGGAGACGGCACGGUUCAGUGUACUGUCGGUUAGGGGAAAGGGCCACAAUAGAGGAAUUAUGUGCAGGUAACGGGGACCAUCGCUGGCAUGUCCUACAGCAGAGUCGGACGAACGAUUACGAUUUUAUCGAUUUCACAAGUGGUUUCGUUUUGGUUUCUCGGCUGUGAUAAUUUAAGUCUGCGCGUUGCCGCUACCUUUCCGCCGCUCAAAGUUGUCUUUAGGAGUCUGAGUUUUUUUUCCUCUCUCUCACUCUCUCCAGUUUUGCUUGACGAUCAGCCUUUCUCCAGAAGGACUGAUACAUGAAAUGUGGGAUUUUUACUGUCAUGCGGAUUUCGGCGCUCUGAAGAGGAGAGGAUUUUGACGAGGAUUAAAAAGUGACGCACAGUUCGGAUCCCCCCUCCCCGUUAUUGGACGACUUGAUCUGUAUAAGGAGCAGUUGGAGGAACGCAAGUGAAACACUUUCUCCAACGAUACCCCUUCUCCCGGUGCGGGGCGAAAUGGAGUUUAUGUAGCUGCGGAUAUUCCUCAACGCCCCUUGAGAAACCUACAAUAUAGCGCGAAUUGUAUUGCUUGACAGAGACAGAUUUGCCGGAUCGACCUUCGCCUUUGGAGUAAUAAUCAUGAACUUAGUUGUGAAUUUGAUACUGGAACUGUUUCUGGCGGCGCUUCACUUGUCUUUCCUGAAGGCUGCCCACAUACCAAAGGACAGAGAGAAGAGCAAAAAUGAAGUUGUUCCUUUCAUGGAUGUAUUCAAUAAAAGUCUGUGUCAACCGAGGGAAGUGUUGGUGGACAUCUUCUUAGAGUACCCAGAUGAGACGGAGGUCACGUACAUCCCAUCCUGCGUUGCCCUCAAGCGAUGUGGGGGCUGCUGCAACGAUGAGGCGAUGGAGUGCGUUCCCACGGAAACUUACAACACGACCAUGGAGGUCAUCAGAAUAAAGCAGCGGGUGCAACAGCAGAAGUACCUGAGAAGUUUCACGCAACACCAAAAGUGUGAGUGCAGACCAAAGACUGAUGUGAAAGAGAACAAGGAAAAAUGUGAGAAACCUAGGAGAUGAAAGUGGACGAAGAGGAUACAAAAAUGAAGGAAUUUUCUAUACAGCACUUUUGAUGUAAGAACUAAACAUUUUUGGCUGUGGAUGGAUGGACUCCCAACGUGAAAAAUGAGAGCCCAUCGUGUCUGUGCGUGUGUGUGUACAAAACACUUUCACACACGUGUACAAGAGACAUUGAAUCGCUGCUAUGAACUGCAUGAACGCAGACCAGCUCCCAGCCCUGCAGCUGACCAGUGGUUGGCAGUCCUGAAAUGUGUUUAAUGCACCACUCCACUGGAUAUGGACCUGGGCAGUUUGGCAAGCUGACCAGAGGCGGUCGGGGGAUUGGGGGGGGGUUGGCGUAGGAAGGGGCGCCGAGUGCCCUUGUGGCCGCACAGAUGUUCACAGCAGAGGACCAGGAAGGCAAAGCUCCCAGGAUAUCUGACGGUGUGAAGAGAAGCGGGAUAUACACACUAACAGACAGUAGGACGCUGUUCUAACUCAAGAGGAACACUCUGUAGAUACUGACACAAAGAGCUGACAGUAGAUGCCGACUUUCAUCUGAGAAACAUAGAAUCUGCUUAUUAAGUUAUUUUUCCAAAGAUCCAUGCACUUACUGCUCUAAAGAGUACCAGAAGCUCUGAGUACAGACAGAUCUACUAUCCCCUUUUUGUAGUGCAGUACCUUUAAUUUAUAAAUAAUAUUAGAGUAUUUUCAAUAUUCCGUUUAUUUAAUAUGAUGUAUUUAUAUGCAGUGUUAUUUUAAUGUUAUUUUACUUUAUCUUGUCAAUGUGGUUUUGCCCUGAAAAAAAAUAAUUGUAGAGGUUUUUUUUUUUAUAUAUAUAUAUAGACAUAUAUAACGAAAGAUGCUCUCACAUUCCACAGUGCUUGUUUUGAGCUUUUAAUUCAUGCAGCCUGUGUUGACCCUCCGACGACGGCUCUGGGGGCUGGGCAGCGGGGCAGUCAGCAGAGCAUUUAGAGGGCCGGUCUGCCCUUGGUUCCGCCUGAUACAGAAACAUCGCGUCACAUUAGACCUAGGGCGGUCACUAGCGAUUACAUCAAUAAUCGAUUAAUCUGACAAUUCAUCAAUUAAUCAUUUAUAUAUAAUAUAAUGUAAUACAACAUCAUAUAAUAUGAUUUAAUAAAUUAUAAUUAGCGUGAAGCAGGAAUCAACCAACCACUGCAGGGCGUACGCUUGGCGACACAUGGUCACUAGUUCAUUUAAAUUGCAUGUUUUUGGACAGUGAAAGGAAAUCAGCGGAUCCGCAGGAAAGCCGCCACGCAGGGUGAACAUGCAAACUCCACACGCGCAAGGCAGCGCCGUUCUGCUGCCCUGACAGGCUUGCAUGAUAUGUGCAUUUCAUGCACAUGCACUGUCACAUCGCGAGGACCAUCAUAGUCUGUUGGGGUUCAAGCUUAAAUGGAGAAAUGUUAAAUGGAGAUCAUGCCAAACAUCCUAGGAGACCAGAUCCCAGGCAGUUUAUGCUGCCCUGCUGCCCUCUCAGCACUGAGGCUAAAGUGCAGCCCCUGCUGUUACUGGGUGUGGGGGGGGGGGGGGGG